CACCCCGCUCCUUUUUUCAUCAGUUCCCUUCACUUCAACCAAAAGGGCACUGCAAGCCACACAGUGGAGAUAUCUCCAAUGCCCAAGAGCUGUGGAAAGCACAAUGCACAUCCAGAGCAUUUGAAGCUGUCCGCGAUACUGGUCCUGCCUUCUUAUGAGAAACACACCUGUCUUCCAUCGACAAAGGGCCUCGUCGACAUCAGAGCCAGCUUCUUGUGUCUCGCUCCAUAGCAUCGAAGACAUGCAGUUGUGCGGAUAUGUCGUUCCCGUACCUCUUCUAAAGCGCGUUCGUCAUCAGCAAUGGCGACAAUUGGCCCGCGGCAGCUUUUCGGAGACGUGCUUAUUAAGUAGAUGCAUGGUGUAUACAUACUACGAGGAAGUGUAUUAGUCUAUAUAUUAAGAACGCAGGCACGCGCAGCAGCAUUCCAUCGACAGGUGACUUGCCGAGGGAAACGCCCUUUGGAGUCGAGGUUCAUGGUGGCAAUGGACUCAUUCCUCCU